AUGAAUUAAAAGAUUACAUCAUCUUUGAUAGUAUUCUUAAUUUGUCUUUCGAUUGUGAAUGCCAAGUCAACUGGGUGCUGUAACAUUACAUAUAAUUAUUUUUAGCCUCAAAAGUGGAACAAUUGCAAAUAUUUCCCACGAAAGGUGAAAAAUUGCGAAUAAAUCUACGUGACAAUUUAUUUGAGGGUGAGGAUCUCACAUAUGAGUUGCAAGACACAUAUUUUAAAUUAAUUAAUCCUGUAUAAAAUACGGGAGGCAGCUCAACUCAUUACAAACGUAUAAUUGACAUGUUAAUUAUCUAGCUGCAUCUAACAUCAGGGCAGCAAAGCCAUAUCACACAAAAAAAAUGCAAUCUUGGUUGAAUUCAUUCGUAUUCUUGGACCAAAACGCACUGGAAGUGUCCAUCUAAUAUUCGGAGGGGUAUUUGUCAAUAUAGAAUUUAGAACUGCUUUGGACAAAAUUCCAACUCCAGGUUUCGGGACUAAAGUAGUUAUUGCUAAUGUGGCUGAUAAUCUAGAGUGCUAUGACGUAGAAUACAUUGACAACGACAAAUUUAUCGUGGAUUGUCAAAAGGAAGUGACAGAGAAGUUAAUAAAAAAAUAAAUUGAUGUGUUCUAUAUUUACUCAAAACAAUCAAAACAAGUGACAUCAUUUGAAGAUGAAGCCUCUGUCAAAAUAUAUAAUUAAAGACGUAUAGGCCUGUACUACUCAACCAGUGCCUUAGGAAAGGAAACUACCUACAUCGUCAGAGUUACACCAACCUAUUCGUUGGACCCAAAUGAACAACUCUCUGGAAACUCAAUCGUAUAAGUUUACACAUUGAGUGACAAUUAUUAACCCUUGCCUCGCCCAUAUAUUCUAGACAAUGUGACCAUGGCAUUUCUAUUAGGUAGAACUGAUGUUGAACUUUCAAUUGUGGAUUUUGAAAUGACGUACAAUGGAUACAUUUUCCUAUUGGAUGCCCAAUAUGGUCUCUUUGUGGUCAGAUUCUAACCAACUGGAAAGUGGGAAUUAUUUGCACAAGCUGACUUUCAAUUAGGCAGAUCCUUUGCUUUCGAUAUAGAUUACGAACACAAAAAAGAUGGUUCAGAACUUGGCGUGGUUGCAAUUCUUGGAUACAACUUCUUUGCAAUUUUGGAUGCAGAAAAAUCUUUUGUUCACGACCUUCCAUUUAUGCAAUUGGACUACCCAGCCACUAUUAAAAUAUCAUAGGACAACAUCAUAGUGAGAAGUGACAAGCAGGUUUAUUUCUAUAAACUUGAUGUGGACACUGACAAAAUCUACCUAAACUAUAAGUUAGACAUCCCUUCCACUGAUGUUUUAUUGGUGAACCCACAAGAACCAGAUUUGAUCCAAAUUAGCACUCAAAGUUCAAACAGAUACACCAUCUCCAAUGGUUAUUUAGCGUACAACGGAAGCGAUAAGAUCUAAGACAAGAAGGUAGUUGCUGUCAAGGCCAAAGCUCCAAAUAAAUAAGAAUGCUAGGUCUAUCUUUCAUAUCAAAUUAUCGAAGAUAAUGAAAAUUGGAUUUACCAAUUAUUUGAUAAACCCGUGCCAUUCUCAAACGUGAUAGCUGAUGGUGAAACUGAAUAAGUGUUGAAUAAAUUAGCAUCUGGACCAAAUCUCUAAUAUAGAUUAGUUUAACCAACUUAAUUGGAAGCCACACAUAUCAAAGCCACCAUUAGAUCAAGAGUUGAAUUAAGCUUAAAUCAAGAGUUACCCAAAAAUGUAAUUUACGCAGAGGUUGUAUCAACAGAAGACGAUACUCAAUUCUAUUAAGUAUUGUAGACUCAGGAUUUGAAGAUUCAAAUCUUAAGUUGUGUUCACAAUUCAAUCUAUGUUGAGGAUGCAUUUUGUGAAUAAUUAAUAGCUGAUAUAGGUAUCACAAACAAAGUUUCUAAACAGAACUUCUCCAUUUGGAACAGACAUGGCAUAAUGUAUUUCAUGUACAUCAGUGAGUAAUACAAUGUUGUGAUUCGAGCCAUCCAUAAUGGUGCAAUAACUCCAGUGAAAACUAUAUCCUUAGAUUCUACAGAUACAGCAAACAAGAUUCAAAGUAUUUUAAAUUGUGGAGAUUACCUUUUGGUUCAUAAAGCCAAUAAUGAAAUCCUGACAUUCUUAAUUUACAGACCAGAACUAUUCGUACUCACAACUUUAAACAAGAAUUCAUUCUCACAAUAUGGUUACAAUGAAGAUUGGGAACCUAAAGCACUCUUCACAAAUAAAAAGUUACAUCCAAAUAUUCUGUUCAUUUUACACAAAAAUCAUAUCUUGAUGUUAGAUACAGAUUAUGGAAUGUUUUCAUUCAUUAAAACAAUUCCAAUCACUCCAAAUCUAGACUAUUCCAUUGCUAUUGGAUAAACCACAUUCUUUGUUGUCCAAGGAAAAUCAGCUGAAGAGGUCAAAGAUGCUUAAAUCUAUGAAUACAACUUUGCAAACAUCAAUAACGUCUAUUUGUAGAAGAAAUUGUACUUGUAUUGGUAUGACAUAUCUACUCCAUUGAACGUUGAUUUCAGUGAGGAAACUGGUAAUAUGUUUGUCCGAGGAGUCUGCCUAUACUGCAGCAAAUCCUUUAUCUUGGUAUUCAAACCCGACACUCCUCAACAUGAGGCCUUGGUCUAGGCUUGGGAUAUUGCUGACGUUGUAAUUCCUGAGACAAAAUCCAUAUUGAUUGCUGCUAACGGACUCAACUAAAACUACUUAUACUUGAAUGUCGAAGGAGAACAAUCAAUCUUUGCAGUUUAUGAUCAAACCACCAUGACUGUUGAAUCCUUCAUCGAUUCAACUAUUUAUUAAGAUAAAUAUUCAUUGAGUUUCUAGAUCAGAAAUUACAAUUUCCAAGGCAAACCUGAAAAGUUUAACACUGUCGAUAUCAAUUAAGAAGUUACCACCAUAAGCACUUUAACCUAAAUCAAUUUGGAUGAAAAUGCCUUCCCCUAUUCAAAAUCAGGAAUAUAGAUCUUUUCAACUGAUGAGUAGGCAAGCUUCGAUUUGGGUCAAGGUUGGUACUCUGGUUAAAUUGGAGAUUUCGAAAUCGAUUGUGAUCAAUGCGAAACCAAUGUUGAAGUUCAAAGCACUGUCGAUCUACUCAACCCAAAGAUCUUUAAUGGAUACGAGAUUAGAGAUCAUGUCAAAUACAAUGAUAAGUUUAAUAUCAUGUAAGCCACAACUGGAUUGAUAUUUGUUAAUCCUGAUAACUCAUUGGCCUCAGUCUAUGAUUUCGAUCUCCCCAAUUUCGAGUAUAAAUGUUAUUAAGCCACUGUUUCUGAAGACAAAAUGGUUGUUUACUCAUUGUGUCAUGAUGGAAAUGAAUUCACUGUUUAUGCCACUGGGUGCUUUUCUAUCACUGGCUGCUCUCCAUUGGGUGAGAAGUUCAAACUCGGAACAGCUUCAAAAAUCCAAGUGGUAUCCAAUGAACUCUUGGUUGUUUUGCACACUGAUGCCGAUCAUCCUGAACUUGUUUGGGAUGGCAAAAUCGUUCUAUAUAGAAUUGUUAUGGGAUUAGACGACUGGAAACUUGAAGUCAUUGAAAUCAUCGAUUUGAAUUAUCUUAAUUCCGUAUUGACAACUCCAUUGGAGGAUUUCAAACCAGCUGAUUUCUAAGUGGUCAAACAAAAAUACAUCUCAAGUGGUAAAUACACUUAUAAAUUGUUUAUAAGUGAUGCAAAUACUGGUUUCAUUUUUAUGGACUUCUCAUUUUCAGACUUGCCUGAAUAUAAAUUUUUGUCAAUCGAAUCACUCAACCUCCACGAGUAUUUAAAUAAGCAAGUCGGCCAAUACACACUCCCAACAACGAAAUUCUUAUCAUUCCAAUUCAUUUGGGACCCAAUCUAUGAAUGGAGCUCAGACUAAUUGAGAGUCUACCCACUUAUUUUGACAUCAGAUGCCUCAUAAUAUGGAUUCAAGUUCGUCUUCUCCGCUCAACCUACCUCCAAUACUCUACUCAGCAUCAAAGGCUUAUCUGCUGUCAUAGUCAAAUAUGGAGACUGGACGCCAAUGAAUAAGCUAGCCAUCCAAAAUCUAAACUUACAACUAGCCAUUCCCUAUUAUUAAAAAGACUAAAUUGUGGUAGCUGUCUACAAUAUAGAUGUUAACGUUAAUGGUCUUUCCGCCACAGUUGUUCCCACAAUCAGUGUUGGCACCUAUAAAGUAUACUAUGCAGAAGGUCAGUGGUUAAACCCAUUAAAUCUAGCUGUGUUCUUCUCCAAAAAGAGCUCAAUACUUUUUGUGUCCCAAUUGUAAGGACCGCUUUAAAGUUAUGGAAUCAACAAAUCACCAACAUUGCUAUUGAAAAACCAAGACAGAGAUUUAAAGAGCCAAGAUAUCACACUUUUUGUGAAGAAUAACUUUUAUGAAAACACUUUAACAUUCAAAUUGAUAGUUCAAGAAGUUGAUAAUCAUGAAUGUACUGCAAAAGUCACAAAUCUUCAAAUUUACCCAUCUACUGGCGAAGUUUUAACAUGGAAUUUGUCAUAAAAUAUUUUCGAUGGUGCUUCUUUGAAAUAUCAUUAAGAAGACACUGACGAUUUCACUAUCAUUCAACCAACUACAUAGAUUGGAGAAUCAAUAGAUUAUAAAUAAGGUAAUGAUAUGUUAUUAUAUAAAUAGUUGCAACAUAAAUUGUAUCUGCAAAGGCAUUUUUGACUAAGAAUGGAGCCUGGUCCAAUUAGUUUGGAUUCUUAAAUAAGGAUGGAACAAAAUAUUCAAUCUUCUAUUCAGAUACGUAAUUUAUUUUUCUAAAAUAGUUCUGCAAUAAAUGCCGCUCCAUCAUUUAACCAAGUCCUUAAUGUUAAGAAGACUGAUGCAAACCUUAAUUGCUUAGACUUCGUACAAUUGUCAGUUACUAGUUUUGUCAUUGAUUGCUAAAUUCAAAAUAAUAAAUUCCUUUUAUUGAUUAAGGAUGCUGAUGAAACCUAAACAACCUCAAUUGCAAAUACUUAAUUAAAUAGAGCUUUGGGUACAUACAAGAUUAAUGAAUUGCAAUAUGUCGUAAGAGUUACAUUGUCCAUCACAAAUGAUGGAUAAUUAGCCAAUGAUUCAUUUGUUGAAUUAUUUUAAUAUGCCAGUGGUUAAUUGCAAGCCAAGCAAACCUUAGACAAAUCUAAAUUGUCUACAAUUUAUGGAAAAUAAAUAGAUGCAUUAAACAUCGUAGAUUUCAAGAUUGGAUUAAAUGGAUCAAUUUAUUUAUUAGAUGCCAAGAUGGGAAUCUUUGUUGUUAACUAUGAUACAGAUUGGAAGUUCCAAAAAUUGAUCACAUUUAGAUUUGGACAAACCUUUGCAUUCGAUAGAACCAUACUGAAAAAUAAGGAGGAAGCAUUUGUAGUUUAAGGAUAUAAUUACUACAUAGUAAUUGAUUCUAAUGGACAAACUAAAAAGGUAUAAGAUUUGCAAUUCAAUACCAUCACCUACCCCUAAUCCAUUUCAGCAAGUGGCAAUUUCGUUUUUGUCAAGCAUUAAUCAUCCUUAUAUGUGUAUCACUCUGAUGACUCUAACACUGGCUUGAUUGAUUUAAUUGAUUCACCGAAUCUUACUGCUAUUGUUAAUCCAUUUAUUCAAGAAAUCGUAACACUUUCACUUCAACAAUCAGCCAGAUGGAACAUAAGCUUAGGGUCACUCAAAUUCAAUGGAGUUAAUCAAGCAUCUUAAGGAUUCAAAGACUUAACCAUUAUAGCCACCUCAUAACAUAAAUUGACAUGUUCCACCAAGAUCUAAUAUCAAGUAAUUGAAAGUAGCAGCAAAGCCCCAAUCAAGAAAAAUAAAUCUGAUUAGCCAUUCCCAUAAGUGUUCGAUGAUAUCUUUGAAUAGUUCUAAUUGGGCAAUCUUAUUUCAGGUCCAAAUCUUGAUUACAACUUGAUAUUACCAAAAAUGCCACUUGAUUUCAGUGCUCAAGUUGUCUAAAACAGAGAAAUCUAAGUUACAAAUUGGCCCAAAACUCCUUUAUAUAGUACUGAAUUGGUUGGAAAUGACCGAGAAACCUUAUUCUAAAUUUUCCAGACUCAAGAUAAGAAGUUAUCAAUUUCAACCUGUGUUUUGACUGAUCACAUUAAGUAUGUUUGCUAAGAUUAUGGAAAUGUUUAGCUCUAAGAAAAAAUAUCUGAUCAACUAUUCAGCAUAUGGUAAGAUAGCGAUAACAUUGUGAGAUUUAUUACCAUUUCCUCCUCAUACAAAGUAACAAGUUAUUUAGCACCAGACGGCGUUGUCAUUUAAGACAAAACAAUAUAAUUCUAAGAAUAGGAAGGUUAAUAAGUAGUAAGUAUCUUAAAUUAAGGAGAAUACUUAUUUAUUUUAUAAAAGAAUGGAUCCUUAUAUAGUUAUUAAAGCGAAAAAUUCAGUUAUGUUAAUAAGAUAACUGGAACUGAUUUGAUUGGAUAUGGUGGAUAAUGGAAGCCAUUGAAAUUGUAUGGUAACAGAAUGUUAAAAUCAAAUAUUGUAUUUGUUUAAAAUGAAAACAAUAUUGCUCUAAUUAAUUACAUUAACACAGAGUUCAUUUUCAUUAAACAAAUGGAUUAAACUUAAAAUACUGAGAUAUACAUAUCAGCUGCAAAGGAUUCAUUCUUUUUUGCAAACGAUAAGGAAAUAUUGGAAUACAAUUAUUCAAAUUUAUUGAAUAUUUUCAAAUCAAAGACAGUUGAAUUAUUUGGAUACACUAUUGCUACUCCAUUAACUGUUACAUCUUAAUUAUCAACUGGUAAUCUAGUCAUUAAAACAUCAAAAGCCUAAGAUAUCUAUCUAAAUAUAUUUAGACCAUCACUUACACAACAUGAUACGUUCUAUUUAGCAUUUUAAUUAAAUGGUGUUAAAUAAGGUGAUCAAUUUUAGUUGUCUUUAGGAGGUUCAUUGUACAUUAUAACACUUGCAAAUGGAGAAAAGAUACAAUAAUUAAACUUUAUUUUGUUGAACCCUGAAUUAAUUGUUAUCCCAAUCAAAAAACUUUAGAAAUUUGUUUCAAACUUCCGCGUUAUAAUGGAUAUUAUGAAUGGGGAUGACUAAACCUAAAAAGUUCAUUAUGAGUAAGAUAUAAAAGUAGCUAACACAUUCACUAAUUUGAUUAUUAAUGAUGAAGAAUAUUUAAAAUAAAUUGAAAUCAAUGAAAAUGAGGGAUAAACUGAAGUAGCCAUCAGAUCUGAUUGGAUUGGAGGUUAAAUAAUAAGUACAGAAUUAUCUUUGUAGUCAAUCACUGAUGAUAUAGCACUGUUACCUUUUGUAAGCUAAGAUUAAGCAGUCUUGAUGGAUUACUCAAUUUAUGACGUGGCUAAACCUUUGGCUGUCACCUUCUUGCAAGCUUCAAAUACUGUUUUGGCAUAUAAAGGAGAGGACUUGAAAAAUGCUCAGCCUGUAUUAACAAAAUUGUCAGAGCACUAUAAAUGCUUCAGAUUAGCAGCAGAUAUCACAAGACUUUAUUCCCUCUGUAAUAAUGGUGUUGAGGAUUAAAUUUAAGUGGCUACAUGUGAUGAUAAAUAGAAAUGUUAAAGAGAGAAUGCUUACAUUUCAGCUCCAUUUGCAACUUAAAUUGCUGCUUUGGCUUAAGAUGUUAUUGUUGUUCUUCACACUGAUUCAUUGAACCCUGAAAAUUAUGAUGGAUACAUUACAAUUAGAAAAUUAGUAUAAACUGAUGGAAUCUGGUCAUCUACUAUAUUAUUAACUAUCGAUUAUGAUUUCAUUAAAUAGAAGUUGGGAGCAUAAGCACCCAAAUAAUUUAGACCAUCUUCAUUUGUUCAUUCACCAACAGGAAACAAUGUAUCUCUCUACUAUUUAUAAUUGAUUAUCACUGAUAGUGUUAAUGGUUUAUUGUUUGUUGAUUUAACUCUUUCAAAGACAACUUCAGAAUUGUAGUAUUAAUUUUCAGAAUAUAAACUGUUGAAAGAUUGGCUAAAUGUUGAUCAGUAUGCAACUGAUGACACUCAUUAUUAUUAAGCCUAAAUAGUUACAUCAUAAAUUGAAUUUCCUACUAAGAAAACAUUAAAAUUAGCUCUUGUAACUGAUAUCUCAUCCUCAUAUGUUUUUGAAUUAGUGUUUGCAAUUCAAGGCAAUGUUUCUUGCAAACUAAGCACAAUAAGAACUGUUUUUGCCUUGAAUAGAUAUGGUAAUUUCAAGGCAUUGAACUACGUUUCAGCUUCAUCAUCCUCAAUAGCAAUUCCCUAUGUUAAUAACUUAGAGGUGAUUAUUGGAGUUUAUAAGAUUCCAACUGAUCUAUAGAAUGGUGCAAUUUAAACUAUACAGGGAUCUCACACAUUUGCUCACUUCAAGAAUUAAAUCACUCCUCAAGACUUCUUAAUUUACAACACAGAUAGUCUGUUCUUGACAAGCACUGCAUAGACUGGAGUCUAUCAAAACUAAGUUAGAUAUCAGUAAGUAUUGAAAUUCGGAGAACCUAAAAAAUUACAUAAUCAAAAGUUGACCUUGACAUUUUAGAAUGAUUUUAGAAGAGUAGUCAGAACCAUCGAUUUAUCCAUUGUCCCUGUAGAUAAGGAUGAAUGCAAAACCAAGUUGACAGAUCUCAAGAUUUACCCAUCCCAAGGCGAAGUUAUGCAAUGGGCAUUGACUCAAAAUUUCUUUGAUGGUGUUUCUCUGAAAUAUAGUGUAGACUAAGCUGACUUUUCAGUAGUUUAACCAUUGACUUAAGUCGGAUAAUCAAUUGAUUAUAAAUAAGGUAAUGAUAUGUUAUUAUAUAAAUAGUUGCAACAUAAAUUGUAUCUGCAAAGGCAUUUUUGACUAAGAAUGGAGCCUGGUCCAAUUAGUUUGGAUUCUUAAAUAAGGAUGGAACAAAAUAUUCAAUCUUCUAUUCAGAUACGUAUUUUAUUUUUCUAAAAUAGUCCUGCAAUAAAUGCCGCUCCAUCAUUUAAUCAAAUCCAUAAUAUUAAGAAAAUACCAGAUAAUAGCUAAUGCAUGGAUUUUGUAUAAUUAUCUCAUAAUGAAUUUGCUGUUGAUUGUCAACUUAAUGAUAAUAAAAAUUUAAUAUACAUAAAAGGAGAUUAAGAAUUUUCUUAACUUAUGAUUGAAGAUACUUUAAUGAACAGAUUAUUAGGAACAUAUCAAAUCAAGGAUGUGUAAUAUGUUGUAAGAGUUUCAUUGUCAAUCACAAAUGAUGGUAAAUUGGCUCAUAAAUCUUUUGUUGAAUUGCUUUAAUUAUAAGAGGGUGGAUUUGCAAGUCUAGCAACAUUAGAUAAAGCUUAAUUGGCUGAAAUUUCUUUCAAGUAAAUAGAUGAAUUGAAUAUUGUCGAUUUCAAGAUUGGACUAAAUGGAUACAUUUACUUAUUAGAUGCUAAGAUGGGAAUUUUUAUUGUAUAUUAUGAUAAAUUUUGGAAAUUCUCUAAAUUGAUUGAACAAAAGUUUGGCUAAGCCUUUGCAUUCGAUAGAGCUGUGCUUAGUAAUAAAUAGGAAGUGUUUGUAAUCAAAGGGUACAAUUACUAUGGAAUUAUCAAUAAAGAUGGAAAGAUAACAAAAAUAUAGGAUCUUCCAUUUGCUAGUGUGACAUAUCCUUAACAAAUUAGAUUGAGUGGCAAAUAUGUGUUUUUACAAAACCAAGGAAAUCUUUACAUCUACCAUUCUGAUGAGAAUAAUACUGGUCUUAUUGAUGUUGUAAAUCUGACAAAUGGAGCAGGCAUCAUUAAUCCUAAUGGCUAAGAAAUCGUGACUGUUUCAUUAACAUCCUCAUCUUCUUGGACCUUUAGUUUAGGAUCCUUGAAAUUCAAUGGAAGUGCAUAAGCAAGUACUAAUUUCAAAGCAGUGACAAUUCAAGCCAAAUCUUAACAUAAUUAAUUGUGUUAUUCUAGAAUUUACUAUCAAGUAUUGGCAAGCAAUAGUGAGACGAUCUACAAGAAGGUUGAGACUGAAACACCAUUCCCAAAUGUUUUAGAUGAGAAUGAUGAACAAAUUAAGUUAGGAAGUUUGGUAUCAGGUCCAAAUUUGGUAUAUGAAAUUGUUCAACCAAAAUCACCAUUUGGCUCACAUUCGAAUCAAUUUUUAAGUGUUGCUGCCGACCCUGAUUUCGAUGUUAUUGCUUAGAUUGCUCAUUAGAGAUCUAUCCAAGUUACUAACUGGCCAAAGAAAACGUUGUAUUAGACAUCCUUGGUUGCCAAUAAUUAGGAUACUCUUUUCUAAGUUUUCUAAUAAGAAGACAAGAAGCUUAUUAUUUAUUCUUGUGAGUUGAUUGAGCACGUUAAAUAUGAGUGCAAGGAGUAUGGUAAUUUGUAAGUGUAAGUGCAAUUAUCAGAUUAAAUCUUCAGCAUCUGGUAAGAUUCUGAUAAUGUAGUUCGUUUCAUUACAUUAGAUACACCAUUUAUUAUUAAAUUCUUUGAGAUUAAGAAUAAUAAGACUGUUUAAUAUGGAUCAAUCAAAUUGAAUUAAGAAGAGGAGAAGGAUGAAUUAAAAGCAGUAGCAUUCUAAAAUCAAGGAGAAUAUCUAUUUGUAAUUUAGGAAAAUGGAGUUUUGUCAUCAUAUUCUACAGAAAUUUUCGCAAUUAUCAACUCAAUUACAGGCUAAACCUUGAUUGGAUUCUAAGGAGAGUGGAAACCAAUUAAAUUAUACGGAAAUAGAAUUUUAAGACAAAAUGUCAUUCUAGUUCAAAAUGAGAAUAAUGUCGCGAUCAUCAACUACUAACACCAAGAAUUCAUUUAUGGAUCCAAGAUUGACUAUACCAAGGACAACAAAAUAUAUAUAGCCUAAGCUACUAAUUCAUUCUUCUUUGUCAAUAACAAAGAGUUAAGUGAAUACAAUUAUGAAUAAGUUAACAAUGUUUUCAAACAAAAGACUGUAGAACUAUUUGGAUAUCAAAUCACACAACCUUUGAGUGUCUCUUCACACUUGAAAACAGGUAUUUUGGUUGUUAGAACUACAAAGAAUGAUAAUGUGUACUUGAAUAUUUACAAACCUGAUCAAUUACAACAUGAGACAUUUUAUUUGGCUGUUAAAAUUAAUGGUAAGGUAGAUGAUGCAUUUACAUUAUCUGUAAGUGGGUCAGAUCCAAUAGGAUAAGCUUACAUAGUUGCAUUAGCCAAUGGCGAGGCUGUUUAAUAAUUAGAAUUAGUUGUACUUGAUCCUGAAUUGAUUCUUACACCCAAUAAAUAAAAACAAAAAUAUCUUACUGAUUAUGAAGUUUCAAUCAAUGUUAAGAAUGCUGAUUCAUAAAAUAAUAAUAUCCUUCCAUUCACCUAAAAGGUCAAGGUGAUCAAUACAUUCACUAAUUUAAUUGUUGAUGAUACAAAGGCAACUUAGUAAAUUGAAAUUGAAGCCAAGCAAAAUUCAACUGCCUUCAAGUUGACAAAUGGAUGGAUUAACGGAUAGUAGGCUUAUUGUACAUUAACAUAAGAAAAAGCUAAUGAUAUUGUUGUACAAUCAUAUCUCUACGAAACAAAGAACUCUGCAUUAAAGAAUUAUUAAUUCAAAGACGCUUAAGCUUUCUAAAAGAAUGUAAUCUUUUAAGCAAUGAACAACGUACUCUUAAUGAAAGACAACAAAUUAGAAGAAAGCACACCCCUUCUUGAUGUAUUAGGUCAAGAAUACGAUUGUUUCAGAUUAACAUCUUUUGAAAAGUCAAUUUAUUCCGUUUGUAAUAAUGGUGUUGAGGAUUAAAUUUAAGUGGCUACAUGUGAUGAUAAAUAGAAAUGUUAAAGAGAGAAUGCUUACAUCUCAGCUCCAUUUGCAACUUAAAUUGCUGCUUUGGCUUAAGAUGUUAUUGUUGUUCUUCACACUGAUUCAUUAAACCCUGAAAAUUAUGAUGGAUACAUUACCAUUAGAAAAUUAGUAUAAACUGAUGGAAUCUGGUCAUCUACUAUAUUAUUAACUAUCGAUUAGGAUUUCGUUAAAUAGAAGUUGGGAGCAUAAGCACCCAAAUAAUUUAGACCAUCUUCAUUUGUUCAUUCAUUAACUCAUUCUGAUGAUAACUCACUUUCAGUUUAAUUCAUUAUUUCUGAUAGUGUAAAUGGUUUAGCCUUUAUCGAUUUCAGUUUCCCAAAGAACACAUAUGAACCCAAAUAUUUAUUCAUGGAGUAUUAGUUACUUUAAAAGUGGCUGAAUGAUAACAAACAUUAUGCUAAUGAUGAUACACAUUACUAUGCCACCAAAAUUGUUGAAGAGUCCAUCAAAGAGAAAAUCAAGAGCAUCACAUUAGUAGUUGUUACUGAUAAUUCAUCAUCCUAUGUUUUCAAUCUCCAAUUUGCCAUUUUAGACAAUUAAUCAAACAAGUUGACAAAGACAGAAGUUAAAGUGGCUUUGAAUAGAUACGGAACAUGGAAGGCAUUAAACACAGUUGCUGCCAAUAAAUAAUCAAUUGUUGUAGCCUUUUACUAUAAUUCGAAAGUUGUCGUUGGUGUUUAUCACAUCACUGAAACUGCUAUCUCAGUAAUUAAUGGUUCAUUUUCAUUUACUACACAAGGAGUUCAAAAACUGGAACCAGUCGAUUUCCUCCUUUAUUUACAAGUAAAUUUAUAUUUAUAUUUGUUAGGAUUCCUCUUUGAUAGCCAGCAAAGUCAGCAAGGGCUUAUAUCAAUAUGAGAUCAGGAACGAUAUCACUUUAAGCUUUGGAGAGAGUGCCAAGCUCGAAAACCAAACCCUAACCAUAACAUUUUCCAAUGAUUACAAAUAGGUGUCGAAAUAAAUUACAUUGAGUAUCAAACCAGACAAUGGAGGAGAUGAUGAUGAUAGCUCAGGCUCUAAUGCUUGGUGGAUAACUCUUGUAGUUGUUGGAUCCUUCAUCAUCCUAGGGUUGAUUGGAUUCUUCUUCUACAAAAAGAGACAAAACAACGAAGAGGAUCAAGAAGAUUAAGACACUGGAUAUGCACCUCUAAAUUGAGUUAUACAUUAAAAACAUUAUCAA